GGUUCCCUCCACUCUUAUCGCUGCUGUGCCAAAACCAGAGAGCGUGCCAAACCGAUCUAUUGCGGGGGAGAACCGCUUGCGGAGAGCAAAUAUUGUGGAAAGAACAUACAUAAGUUGGCAUUAAAAUCAAAUCAGUUGUGUUACAUGCUGGCCACAAGGCAAUAAAAAAACAAAGAUACGCAGAUACAGAUACUUCGAGGUUACUCCAUUAUGACUGUAACCUGUGAAAUCGAGUUCGAUAACAAUCCCCAUGGAACGUAUUUCGGGGGCCAAGUUCUUACGGGUAGAGUUACUCUGAAGUUGGACAGAGUGAAGCUGGUGAAAGCCGUCACAUUGAAUAUAAAUGGUUACUCGGAGACCCGUUGGCGCGAGAGGAGUGGUGGAAAUACCAGGCGCCGCAAGGCACGACGCACAUUCUAUGGCCGUGAGGAUUAUAUAGCAUCCAAGACGUUCCUUGUGGGUUCCAAUUUGAGCAGCCAAUGCUCCAUUGAACCCGGUGUACAUGUCUACAACUUCGCCUGCCAGAUACCCACAGAGUGUCCCUCUUCCUUUGAGGGAACCCAUGGACGAGUUCGCUACAUGACGAACGUCAUGCUGGUCAGGCCAUGGAAAUAUGAUCAGAAUUACACGCGCUGCUUCACUGUACUCAAAGUGAUGGAUCUGAACUUUGACAGUCCCUUGCUGAGGGUGCCUGCACACAGUGAGACCUCGAAGACCUACUGCUGCUGGCCGUGUACCUCGGAUCCGCUGGCUCUGCAGCUUACUCUUCCGCAGACAGGAUUUGUGCCCGGACAGAAUGUACCCCUGAGCGUGCUGGUGACCAACGACAGUCACAUUCCAGUGGAGCAACUGAUGGUCACCCUAGUCAUGUUGGUCACGUAUCACAGCAAGCCCCCAUCGAUGCCGAACUCCACCUUCGAGCGGUUCAUCCUGAACACCGUCAAGGGGGAUACCGUGGCAAGGAACUGCAAGAAGCUGUUCAACUACGAGCUCAGAGUUCCUGCCACUCCUCCGACGUGCUUCAAUCUGUGCGGCCUCAUCCAGAUCGCCUACCAAGUGGAGGUGGAGGCCCAGGUCAAGGGAUGCCACACGAACGAGCAGGUCAGCGUUCCAUUGACCAUAGGAAGUGUGCCCUUGUCGCAGCACGUUCACAUUCAGCCACGUGGCAUGCCACAACAGCCACUUGAUGCUCAGGGACUGGCCUCCGCUCCGCCAGUAAGCCCCGCCAAUCCCUGGGCUGUCGAUGAUUCCAUACCUCCUCCCAACUACCAGGAGGCUAUCCAUAUGCGAUCUGCUGCUUCUAGCAGCAAGAAAGACGACACAGACGACGAUCCAGAGCCAGUACAGCCAAAUACUCUCAAUCCCGAUGGCAGCGUCUACCAGCCGCUCUAUCCGGUCUUCGAUAUACCAAGUCCCACGGCUCCACCUCCUUCCGAUUGGACACAGAACUAUAUGGCCGAAAGGGCCUUUGUGAAUCCAGCUGCGGAUGCGGACAAAGAAAAGGGAACUUGGCUUUGAAAAGAAGAUAACGAAAAGAAAAGAAAACGAUCAUUCAAAAGCAUAUAUUAGAUAUUUA